CAAGGCUUCUAAGUGCAGGAUAUAAUGCUGUAUAACACUCGAUAUCGUGCAUUGUAGCCUGUUUGGCAGUUGGCAUAUCACUUUCGAUAUCCUUGAUGGUACCAGCUUUCUUCUCUAGCCUUGCUGCGUACGGUGCUACCGAAUCCCCUCCAGCCCCUACCCGUUCAAUCAACAUCUGCAAGCGACGGCAACGAGUGUUAAACCGGUUCCACUUGAUUUUUGACCAUGGGCUCAUGGAAAAAAUGACGCUCUUAAUGUCAUCGACAAUACCAAGACCGAUGGCACGUUUCAAAACUGCGUUGAAAACGAUUGCGCUUCCAAAGCGGCCAACUUUGACUUGGACAAUUUGCGCCGCGAAAAUGGUGUCUUUACCAAUGGCCCACAGAGCCAUCUCCGUUAGCGCCUCCACACUAUCCUCUUUCAAAUGCCUGGCGUUGGCAGAGCUGUCAAAGUUAAGCUGUAACGCUUCUCGCACGUAUUGGAACAUUUCGGGAGUAAAUCCCCGUUGAAAUUCGGCAUUUCGAUAAGCUGUCCUGCUCUUUCCAAGUAAUCCAUCCCCUCCUUCUAGCCAUGCCUCCAGUUUUUGGAGAAUAGCCUCUUCGCCAUCUAAACGAAUAUAUUUGCAAUUAGAAGCCAGACAUGUGAUAGUACUUUUGCUAAAACAGCUUCGUACUUGGCGCUUCUUUUCAUCUAGCCCAAUAGCUGCUGUGAAGACAUCUCUUCUACCGGGAUCAAUGACGAAGGGUCUCUAACCAGCUUCGAUUUCGUCAUAAUCAAAGUCUUCCAAAGUCAACCGAUGGUCUGCGAUGGUUUUCUCUUCUUUUGAUUUCCCCAUCAAAGUUGACAGUGAGGCCAUCCGAACGGAUGAUAUUACGGAAUAGUAUAUUUUGGCUUGUCUUGAGGUCAUUCAAACUGUCAAAUCUCAAAGCUGAG